UAAAUAUUAACUCCCCCUCCUCUUGUAACUCUCUCUCUCUCUCUCUCUCUCUCUCGCAGACGUGAUUGAUUGAGAGCUCAAAAUCUUGAAAUCAUGUUGGUCUAUCAAGAUUUGCUCACAGGUGACGAACUCCUCUCUGACUCGUUUACAUACAAGGAAAUUGAGAAUGGUUGUCUGUGGGAAGUCGAGGGAAAGUGGGUAGUUACUGGAGCAGUUGACGUCGACAUCGGCGCCAACCCUUCUGCUGAAGGUGCCGGUGAGGACGAAGGAGUUGAUGACCAAGCUGUCAAAGUUGUUGACAUUGUUGAUACCUUCAGGCUGCAGGAGCAACCUCCAUUUGACAAGAAGCAAUUUAUUGGGUAUAUCAAGAAGUACAUCAAGACAUUGACCCCUAAGCUCGAUGCAGAGAAGCAAGAGGAGUUCAAAAAGUCGAUCGAGGGUGCAACCAAGUAUCUGGUCUCUAAACUCAAAGACCUUCAAUUCUUCGUCGGAGAGAGCAUGCAUGACGAUAGCUCUUUGGUGUUUGCAUACUACAAGGAAGGUGCUACCGAUCCAACAUUUUUGUACUUCGCCCAUGGUUUGAAGGAAAUCAAGUGUUGAGUGUUUCUUAUUACCACAUAUUUAUAUGUUGUCCAUUAUUAUUUGUUGAGACAUCUGAACUCGUGUGAUUUUCAACUUAAAAACAAUAGUAAGGUAUUGCAGUUUUGGUCUUGAGACAACA